GUCUGCUACUGAGUCUAUCUGUCUGUCCAUUCUGAAGAUUAGUUUCCAAUUUUUGGCAGUAUCACGAUUCUAAAGUUUCUCUAGUUUCUAUGAUUGAAUCAUGGCUAGACGGUUAGAAAAUGCGUACAGGCAAGAAGGACCCACUCGCCCUUUGCCAACAGAACCUCCUUACACACUCUAUGUGGGAAAUUUGCCUAAGGGUGUAGUUCAAGGUGAUAUUGAACACAUGUUCGGAGGAAUGAAUAUAUCCAGUAUACGUUUAGUGAGAGAUAAAGAAACAGAUAGGUUUAAAGGUUACUGUUAUGUUGAAUUUGAUGACUUAGAAUCCUUAAAGCGUGGUCUUGAAUUAGAUGGUGCUGAGGCAGAAGGACGUUCUAUAAGAGUCGACAUAGCUGAUGGCAGGAGAGGAGAUAAAGGUGGAUUUAGAGGUGGGAGAGGAGGAGGACAAGGUUUUGAUCGAAGUGCUCCUGGUUUUGGUUCAGGUCGGGGUAGAUAUAAUGAAGGAAACAGAGGCCGUGGCACUGGAAACUUUCGUGGUGGCUUUACCGACAGGGAAUCUGACAGAGGGCGAGGAUCUGGAAAUUAUAUGAGAUCGACCCCAAACAGAGAACAGAAAACAUCUCCAGACUUCAAGGAGCCAACAUCAGAGGAAGCUGCUGCAAGACCUAGGUUAAAAUUACUUCCAAGGUCAGUUAAAGAUCCUGUAAAUGCUGUGGCUGAUACAUCAAAUAGAUCGAGCAUUUUUGGAGAGGCAAAGCCUAGAGAUGAAAAGGUAUUUACGGAGAAGAAAGUUGACGAAUUGCCAUUUAAUUAUCCUUCAGAAAUAGGUGUGAAGUGACAACCUUUAAAAAGCAAUUGGUAUUUGUGAUAUCUCUACAGUUUUAUUUUCAUAUUUCUGCUUUAAGUUUAAAAAGCUUAACAUACAUUUGUUUUUAUUUAAUAAUAAAAUGAAUGGUUUAUAGAGCAUGUUAACAGAUGACAAGUAAUUAAAAUGUACUGUGCAAUCCUGUAACUAAAGACCGUGAAAUUCAUGUAAGUGUAGGUAAUAUCUGUUGUUAAUAUUAAAUUUGUAUCAGUAUUAUAUCCUUAGAUAUCAUUAUUCUUAAAUUUUGUAUGGGAUUGGAACAAAGAAUUAUAGAUGCAAUAUGAAUGUUGAUACUAUUUAUUCAUUGUAAUUGCAGUUAAUGUGGCUAGAAUUUUACUGACUGUAAAAUGAAUCUUAUAUUUACACAGACAAUUUAUGCCAUUGCUAUUGAAUAAAAUAAAUUCUGGUGUAAAGCUUUA